AUGAGAUUUUUACUUGUCCUUAGCAUUUUUGCAGUAUUCGUAACUGCUUUCCCUUUAUUUGAUUUAAUACCAGAUUUAAGAUCCACAUUUAAUUCGUUAAUAAAUUCAAGUCCAUUCCAGCCAGACAAUAUCAAAGAUAAAGUCAUUAAAUUAGGUCCAGAUGAAUUCAAAUUAGUAUCAGAAGCUGAAAAAUUAAAUUUAAAAAGACAAAAUAAAAAUUUUAUUGACAUAACUAAUCAAAUACCUAUUGAACAAGCUAUUGAACAAGGUUUAAUUAAUGCUCCAACUAAUUCAAUUUGGGAUAGAUUAUUUUUAUUAGGUGCCAAACAAGUUAAAACUUUGAAAAAAACGAUACCAGUAUAUGCUUAUCCUACAAAAGUUCAUUAUGAAAACGAAGUUAAAGGAUUAUAUGAAUUUAUUGAUAUUGACUUGGUAUUUAAGAAAUUAACAAAAUUUAGUUCAUUCUUUUCAAGAUAUUACAAGUCCCCACAUGGUUUAGAUAGUGCUAAUUGGUUAUACGAUGAAAUUACUAGCUUGGUGUCAAAUUUCAAAGAGAUUGAAACUUUAAAAAUUCACCAUGAUGGUUGGGAUCAAUAUUCAAUAAUUGUUUCAAUACCAGGAGAAGUCAAAGAUAAAGUAGUAGUUGGAGCACAUCAAGAUUCAGCCAACUUGAUAUUACCAAAUAUCAUGAGAGCUCCUGGUGCUGAUGAUGAUGGUUCAGGUUCAAUGACAAUUUUGGAAUCUUUAAGAGUUUUAUUGAAAGCUUGUGAAGAUGGAAGCUUUAAACCUUACAAUACCCUUGAGUUCCAAUGGUACAGCGCCGAGGAAGGUGGAUUAAAAGGGUCAAUUGAUGUAUUUACAAGGUACUCUGAUCAAAAUGAAACUGUUGUUGGAAUGUUACAACAAGAUAUGACCGGUUAUACGCAAGGGUCUAUUGAUGAAGGAGUUGAACCACACUUUGGAUUAAUUAAUGAUUACACAAGUGUUGAAUUGAAUAAUUUUUUGAAAUUAAUCAUUAAAAACUACAACAAGAUUUCAUAUUUAGAAACCCAGUGUGGAUAUGCAUGUUCUGACCAUGCUUCAGCAUUGGAAAAUGGUUAUCCGUCAAGUUUUUUAAUUGAAAGUGAAUUUAAAUAUACUAAUAAAUACAUUCAUUCAGUUAUGGAUACAAUUGAUAGAUUAGAUUUUGAUCAUAUAAAAGAACAUAUUAAGUUAACAAUUGCUUACGCUUAUGAAUUAAGUUUAGCUAAAAAAUUAUAUUAA